UGAUAUCCUGAUCAUUUUUACGCAGUGAUGUCCCCACAGUUUUUCUGUCUGCUCAGAUCUCUGGCGAAGACUGGCGCAGUUCUUUGGCUUCGGCAGGUGCGUCUGCCAUACCGUUCCAUCUUUUCUGCUUCUAUCGUCUGCUUUAGCUACUUCACAGGGAAUACGGAGACCUCCGCAAAAUACUAUUUUUAACAUAAUCUGCCAACAUGAAUGUGGCUCGGAGAUAGGUCUGCGUUUGUGCUCAUCUUUCGUACGGUUGCCGAUUUGAUUCAUGAGCAAACUGUGUGGGUGUUGUUUUUGGGAAAGAGAAAACGACGUAGGCUAUGAGACGCUUGCCUAUUUAGUGCCUUCGUUCAUUGCCUGUUUUUUCUUACACAGACUGUUUUUUUCUUACACUGACUGACCAGUGUUUCGGUUUAACCUGUAUGAACGAGCUUGUGCUUCCGACAUAAAUCGGUGGAAAACGCGUCCGUGGCGGGUCAACUAUUUAUUAUGGCUGAAAGAAUUGAAUUAGUGCACUGCUGGUCUGAAUAUAUUUCAAGAUAAGGAGAAAACGGCCGCUAGGUCAGGCCUGUCUGUUCCGGCGUUUAGAGCUUAUUGAAUGAAAGUCUUAUUCGUCCUUCUCUGCCAAAGAUGAUGUUACCAUGGAAACAGCUUCUUCUGCUAUCAAUCAUCGACUGUCUCGCAGAAUGUUUGGACAGUGGAUCAUUCCAUGGUCCAAGAUGGAGGAUGGAACCCGGUGACUUGUUUAUCCCUGUUGAUUCUAUGGAAGAGGAGGCCACUCUUACAUGUGACGCUAAAGGAAUCCCCCCUCCUCAAUACAGAUGGUCACUGAAUGGAACUCUCAUAAAUCUGGAGUUGGACCACCGGCGUCGGUUGUCUGGGGGCAACCUCAUCAUAAGAAGUCUGGACCGCUACCAGGAUGGGGGAAGGUAUCAGUGUACAGCCUAUAACACAAUAGGAGCCGUUCUCAGCAGAAGAGCAAGCCUACAGUUUGCCUACUUGGAUCAUUUUAAACUCCACACAAGAAGUGCGGUGUCAGUUCGAGAAGGACAAGGAGUUGUGUUACUCUGUGGAACACCCACGUCCUCAGGAGACCUUAGUUAUUCAUGGGUCUUCAAUGAAUACCCAUAUUUCGUCCAGCAAGACAACCGGCGCUUCGUAUCUCAGGAGACUGGCAACCUGUACAUCGCCAAAGUGGAGCCCUCAGAUGUGGGCAACUAUACCUGUGUGGUGAUGAACAGCAUCACAAAGAGCAAAGUUCACAGCUCACCCACAUCUCUGGUCCUGAGGAAAGACGGAGUAAUGGGAGAAUACGAGCCGAAAAUAGAAGUUAAUUUCCCCGACACCGUACCAGCAGCAAAAGGAUCAGUGGUUACGCUGGAGUGUUUUGCUCUUGGGAACCCUGUCCCUGAGAUUACUUGGAAGAGGGCUAAUGGAGUCCCGUUCCCCAGCAAAGUGAAGAUGAAGUACUCCAAUGCCGUCUUGGAGAUCCCCAGCUUCCAACAAGACGACACGGGGGGCUAUGAGUGUGUGGCCGAAAACAAGAUGGGGAAGAACAUCGCUACAGGCCGAUUGGCCUUCCAUGCCAAACCUCAGUGGAUUCAGACCAUGAGAGACACAGCCCUGGCCAUAGAGGAGAGGCUUCACUGGGAGUGCAGGGCCAACGGGAAGCCCAAACCCUCCUACAACUGGCUGAAAAAUGGUCAAGUGCUGAUCACUGAGGAGAGGGUCUACGUUGACAAUGGGGUCCUGUUGAUCUCGUCUUUGAACCUGUCUGAUGCCGGGAUGUACCAGUGUGUGGCUGAGAAUAAAUACGGUGUCAUCUAUUUCAGCACUGAGCUCAUGGUUUUAGCCUCUUCUCCAGACUUCACUGGUAACCUGCUCAGAGCCCUGCUUAAAGCCAAGGCCGGCACCAUAGUGACUCUAGAGUGUAAGCCCCAAGCCUACCCCACCGCUAGCAUCCUGUGGAAGAAAGGCAACCAACCCAUCCAUACCAAUGACAGAAUCACUCUCUCUCCAGGUGGAACUUUGAGAAUCACUAAUGUGACCAAGUAUGAUGCAGGCAGCUACACCUGCUUUGCCAGAAACCGAUUUGGGACCUCCAGCACCACUGGAAGACUCCUCAUCACAGAUCCAACAAGAAUUACUCAGGGGCCAGUGGACAUGGAGAUCAUAGUGGGUGAGAGCAUCGUGCUGCCCUGCCAGAUCGCCUGUGACCCUGUCCUUGAUGUCUUCUUCACCUGGGCUUUCAACGGACAGCUCAUCACCAAGACAGACAGGCAUUUUGAGCUAGUGGGAGGGAGAACAGCUGGGGAUCUGAUGAUCAGAAACAUCCAGUUGAAUCAUGCCGGGAAGUACAUCUGCGUGGUGGACACAGACGUGGAGAGCCUUUCAGCAGUGGCCAUAUUGAUUGUAAAAGGCCCCCCUGGCCCUCCAGACACAGUGGCAGUGGAGGAGGUGACGGACAGCACAGCACAGCUCUCAUGGAGCCGCGGCAGGGAUAACGGCAGCCCCAUCACCAGCUACCUCAUCCAGACCAGGACCCCCUUCACUGUGGGCUGGCAGAGGGUGGACACAGUUCCUGAGGUAAUUGAUGGCAACACACUGACAGCCACGGUGGUGGAUCUCAAUGCCUGGGUGGAGUACGAGUUUCGAGUUGUGGCAAAGAACAGUGUGGGAGUGGGCGAGCCCAGUCCCACCUCCCUCCAGACACGGACAGAGGAUGCAGUUCCUGAUGCUGCACCCACUGAUGUUGGAGGAGGGGGCGGCAGCAGAUCAGAGUUGGUUGUUACAUGGGAGCCUGUUCCCGAGGAACUGCAGAACGGUGAGAGCUUCGGUUACAUUAUCGCGUUCCGUGGCCUCGGUGAGAUGACCUGGACCCACGUCGCCACCUCUGCUCCAGGGGCAUCCCGCUAUGUGUACCGGAACGACAGCAUCGCUCCCUUCUCACCCUUCCACGUGAAGGUGGGAGCCUAUAACAGCAAAGGGCAGGGCCCGUUCAGUCCUGUGGUCACCAUCUACUCUGCAGAGGAAGAGCCGAGUGGUAUGCCAGGGGGAGUUUGGGCCAGAAGUGUUUCCGCCUCAGAAAUUGAAGUGAAUUGGCAGGCUCUAUCCUUUACUCCUGAAAGAGUUCUCGGCUACGAGGUGGUGUACUGGGAGGAUGACACCAAGCCAGAGACGAUGGGGAAAGUGAGGGUACCUGGGAGUCAAACAUCGGUCACUGUUAGUGGCUUAGGGCGAAACACUCAGUAUUUUCUCACAGUCAGCGCUUUCAACACAGCUGGUACUGGCCCUUUCCUCCCCGCCAUCAACGCCACCACCAAGAAAUCACCACCCGGACAACCUCCUCUAAAUGUUGAGUGGACCUUGAUUGGCUCCCAGAUCACUAUAUACUGGGAGCCGGUGGUAGCCAUGGAAACAGAGUCAGAGGUCACCGGUUACCAACUGUCUUACAGGAGUCUGAAACAUAAGGAAGAGAACAUGCUCUUGACAAACAAUUCCACAGCCGAGCUGACCCUCGUUGACAAUGAAGACUAUGUCAUCCACAUAAGGUCGCUGAGCGAGGGAGGGCUUGGCCCAGCCACAGAUCCCAUCCGCAUCCACAAACUAAGUAUGAGUGCUCGAGGCUCGAAGGCCUGGAGUCUGAACACAUCCCCUGUCUCUCUGCUCCUCAGCAUCGCAUUUUCAACAUUCAGGUCUACAUCGUGACAGAAUGUCAGGCUACUAUCUGGUUUACAGAUCAAAUAAGCUGUCUCUGCUCCAUUCCAAAUGACCCAUCUACAAUUAUCAUUUUUCUAACUGUGUGAAAGUAAUGGUAGAGACCAUCCAUUUUGGAGGCAAGACAAUAAGCGCAUUCAUUUGGGAAUUUGUGAAGAAAUUUUUGUUGUUGUUUGGGCACAUGUUUUGAUGAACAUUGUGUUUGUUCAAGUGCUGUCAACUUCUGAAGGUAUCUAUUUGGAUUGUACAUUUUAGGUGGAUGUUCAGAUGAAUGCGCUAUUCUGACUUUUUGGAGCCCUGAAUGAUACAAAUGCCUUACUUCCAUUCAUGUGCCAAAGUAGUUUGAAUCGUUUAGUUGUAGGCUAAAUGUUAAGCUAGCAAUGCCAUGCUUUUUUCCCCUUCAUAUUUUCAUUUGUAAUUAAACCAUGUCACACUCAAAGCUAGUUAUGAAAGUUAUUACCUAUGGUAAUAAUACUUGUCAUUUAAACUUUCAAGGUUGCGAUAUGAAGUUGACUUUUGUAAUUUUGACGUACUCUGAGGUGGUCAUCGAAGCAAAAACUUUUACUGGUGUUUGGCUGAGCCAAGUUAAGUUCUCUUGCUUACUCAUUGAGUAGACACAACCAUUUGCCUGUGCCUGUGCCUUUGAAGAUCUGUGUAAGAGUGUGACAAAGAAAAUCACUUCACUUGACUUAUAGUCAGUGUUGUGCAGCAUUUCAGAGCUCUUUAAGUGAUCAUUAUCGUAUAAUUAUGUGCUACAUGAAACCCAUAAGACGAGAGCGGCUUGAGAGAGUGCAAGCCAUUUUCUCAAUGUUUUCAUUUUGUCAUUGUGGUAGAGACUUGAUUGUAUCACGAGGGCUCCUUACAACUAUAAUGAGCCAAAAUCUAAAAACUGACCUUACAGUGGAUGGAUAGAUUGCAUUUAAUAGGAGGACUGUCUUUACCACACCUCACCCACUACCAAUAUGACACCCACCUGGGUGAUGCACGGCAGCCAUUUUGUGCCAGAGUGCUCGCCCGUUGCGUGGUGAAAAUGGUGCCAAAUGUGCCAGUCUGACAUUGAAAUUGAGCCACUAGCUGAGACCCAAGCAGACAACGUCAUUCACCCCUAAGAAAAUCCAUGGAGCCUUACUGUAUAUGGAACUCAUGCAUGACAUUGACUUAUAGUCAGCUGUGUUAAAUAUGUACUAGACUUGCCUAUCAUUUGUUCAAGGUUCAAUUAGCCUUUUCUUGAAACUUAUGUAUUGUAUUAUAGGCCCUACAUAUUUUUCAGUGUAGCCUCAACUGCUCAGGUGUUCGGUCUUUUACACACCAACUUCACUGGUCAUAAAGCAGAGAGCAGCUAUAUCAGACGGCUGACAGCACAUGAUACAGUGGUCUAUUUAAUGCUCUGACUUGACAAAUGAAAAGUCUGAUAUCUGCCAUGAUUUAGCAGCAAUUAAAACAUAUUAAUAAAUUAGAGUGAGCCUAGGGGCCUCUAUGGGAAAGGGCAUAGGACUAAUGGUUCUAUGACACCACAGAAGAUUAAUGUAUCAGGAUUCAGUGAGAGGAGCUAAAUCAGAACGAUUCCAUCAGGAUGGAAAUAUGGUUGUGUGUGUGUGUGUGUGUGUGUGUGUGUGUUAAUAGAUGCAUAUUACCGUGCUUCUCUGUGUGUCGCAGAUCAAAUCAAACUUUAUUUGUCACAUAAUGCCGAAUAAAACAAGUUUAGACCUUACCGUGAAAUGCUUACUUACAAGCCCUUAACCAACAGUGCAGUUCAAGAAGAGUUAAGAAAAUAUUUACCAAAUUAACUAAAGUACAAAAUGUAAUAAAAAAAUAAUAAAAAGAUGACGGUGUCUUUUGGAAGGCCAGUGAGUCAUUUUUAUAAAGCCCCAAAUAAUUUAUUGUACUGGCAAUCAAACAUUUGGGAAAUGUUUGUGCCCACUUUCAAAUAGAAUAACAACACCAUGAAAUUGCACAUCUGCAAUGGUGUAAACUGAGUUGUGUUUAUUAAGCACCAAAUGGAAGAAAACUAACUCAAACAUGGAGGGACUACCUGGACUAAGAAAGGCUUCUUUUCACUACCCAUUGCAAAAUGUUUUCCAUUGCGUGCCCUAAUGCGCACGAUCCAAGUUCAACCGAUACGUUUAAAAAAGGCAACAGUUGUAAAGGGCUUUGUUGGAUGAUAAGAUCAUAUCUCAUUACCACUGCUGGCAACUUAAAGAGAGCUGUCUUUGAGUAAUGUGUUUUUGUUGAUAUGCUUGUUUUCGUGGCUUUCUCGUGGUUCUGUACACUCUCAGUUUUAUUUCAUUACAAACCAACCAGUGUUUACAAAGAAACUGUAUCUUUAUGACUGAUUUCAAUGUUUAACUGAUUAGAAACUCACAAUAUACAGUCUAUGAACUUUGUGUCCUUGAUGCAGAAAGGUCACCUCCAUCUUUGUUUUGUAAUGUAUACAGUAAGUACUGUGGAGAUCUUGUUUUUUUUUAUGUUUGAUUAUAUGCUUUUUUAGUUUUGACAAUUCUACACAAAGGUCAAGUGUUGCUUUAAAGAGAUAAACAUAUAAGUUCUAACUUGUUUAGAAAUACAUUUUGAUUGCUCUGUCGCUCCCAUGUACUAUGAUAUGGACCAAUGCCCUCAAAGGGGUUUAAAACCGUGAAAGAAACUUUCAUUUGAUUUGUCUCCAAAAUGCAAUAUUAAUUUGGAAUGCAAUCCCCAUUAAAUUCAACAAUUCUUAACUAUACCAGAGUGAUAUUGUGACAAUUUGGUCAACGGGCAGCAAAGUUUUCCCUUAUGAAUGGUACUAAGAAAACCGAUCAUCUGUUUUUUAUAGCACUAUAUUUGUACAACAUGAUUCAAACUUAUUGAGCUUGACUAAUGCAUUAUUAAAAGGAAAGACUGACACCAAACAGUACUGUAUAGUUAAUUGGUCACCUAUAAUGCCAGUCUUUCGUGACAAAAAAGUUUAGGGGCUGUGGUUAGCAACACUUGGUCUUUAUGUUUCACACUGCAGUAUUAAAACAAUGUUAAGUGAUCUCCAUGAGAUUGUAUCAAGAAUGUUUUCACGAUGAAAAGUAAUUGGCUGAUCUUGUAUACUGAAUCUGUGCAUGUACAAUAUUGUUUGGUGCAUUUAUGUUUUCUAAAACAAAAAAUUAAAGGAAAACGAUUUACAGAGGA